CAAAUUUGAAUCCAACAAACGGAAAUGAAUACAUUAAUUUUACGUUCACUUACAUUGGUUUUGGCUCUAGGCCUUGUACAGGGCUUCGAAUACAACGAGAAAGAUCUUGAAACGGAGGAGAGCAUGUCCAAUUUGUACCAGAGGUGGAGGGACCACCACAACCUGCAGGAAACAACCCACGCCGAGAAACAUAAACAGUUCAAGGCGUUCAAAUCCAACCUGCAACAUGUUCACAAAACAAACAAGAUGAACAAGCUGUAUACAUUAAAGUUGAACCAAUAUGCAGGGAUGACAAACGAUGAGUUUAUGAGCAAGCAUACCGGAUUUAAGUCCAAGCGUCACAUGCAUCACAUGUUGCACCAAAGCGAACGCAACGAAGUCACGAAUUUCAUGUAUGCUGAUGCCGUUGAUGUCCCUCGGGCGGUUGAUUGGAGAAAAGAAGCCGUCACCCCUGUCAGGACUCAAGGCAUAUGUGGAAGUUGCUGGGCGUUUUCAACGGUGGAUUCGGUUGAAGGAAUUAAUCAGAUCAGAACCAAGAAACUAGUAAGGCUAUCACCACAACAACUUAUCGACUGUGACAUUCAUGGCGUCAAUAACAGAGCAUGUGACGGAGGGAUAAUGGGGGAUGCGUUUGAAUUCAUCACAAAGAAUGGAGGUAUAACCACAGAGGAAAACUACCCUUACACAGGUGUAAAUGUUACUUGCAACGCCGCAAAGGCGGCUGAUCAUGCAGUAUCGAUUGAUGGUUAUGAAAAUGUGCCUGAAGAAAAUGAAGAUGCUCUAUUGAAAGCAGUUGCCCACCAGCCUGUAUCUGUUGCCGUUGAUGCUCAAAGUAAUGAUUUCCAGUUAUAUGCAAUGGGGGUUUUCACUGGAGAGUGUGGAACGGAUGUUAAUCAUGGAGUAACAGCGGUUGGGUAUGGAGAAACCGACGAUGGAGUCAAGUACUGGAUAAUAAGAACGUCGUGGGGGGAAUCAUGGGGAGAGAAGGGAUACAUGCGACUGCUACGUGGAGUUCCUGACAAAAAGGGCGUUUGCGGUGUAGCAGUCUAUGGUGCUUAUCCUCUUAAGAACUCUGAUAAAAACCCUAAAUCAUCAUUGAACAGGGAAGAACUCUAGAAAUAAUCAUAUAACUUCCUAUACAUAAUACUGUUGAGACUUGAGACUUGAGAGAGAUAUGUGUCGAUACACGAACAUAAUUAUCCCGAUCGAAAAGCACAGGUAAACUACUUACUUCAACCGUAGGAGUAUAUAGAGUAGUAACACAGGUGAUGCCGAAUUUAAAUUUAUUUUUUAAGUGUAUUAGAUAUGUAAAAUGAUGUUUAAGGAACAUGUAUUUUAGAAUUGGGAUGUCAUAUGCAUCAACAUUAUGAAAUAACUUAUUCGAGAUCAGCA